UAUGAUGGAAGUGAGGGAGAGGCUAAAAACGGUGACGAGCAGUUUCAGAGAGCUAGCGUCAGCUACCUGUGCUUCGAAGACAUUCGGCGUCUAAGGAAGUUAUAAAAUACGACUAAUUGACAUCAAGCUGAAAUUACUCGGUAUGUCGACAGUGAAUGUGCUUGCAAGCAUGUAACCUAAAUCAAAGGGAGACGUUUAACGUUAGCUAGCUGGUUAAUGUUACCUUGACAGCACGUAUGGCGUUUUGUAGCUAGCUAACGUUAGCCAUCUGAUAUUCUAAAAGGCCCUCAGCUACCAUAUCACAGACACGAUGCUACCUACUGUCUUCUACUUUAUAAAUAACAUCCCUGUCUCAAGACCUGUCAACACCUACAUCGAGCAUCAACUCGCUACAUCUCUCCUGGGUGCAGUCCGGCCAAGAAAAUAAUGUCCUACAGUUGAAGAUGGGCGGGAGUGGCUCCAAAACCAAAGGUUAUUGGCCUUUUGCAGGUUCAGGCAGUGGUGAUGGUGAUCCAACCAAAGAGGGAGUCGACGAACAGUCGCUGGCAAGACUCCGAAGUUUCCGAAAUGGGACGCCCUUCGUGUUUACCAGAUGGAGCUCCCUGUACUUUGAUGAGGAUGGAGACCUGGCCCACGAGUUCUACGAGGAGACAGUUGUGAUGAAGAAUGGCCGUAAGAGGGCCAAACUGAAGAAGAUCCAGAAAAACCUCAUACCUCAGGGAACCGUAAAGCUGGAUCACCCCUGCAUCCAUGUGGAUUUCCCGGUCGUUCUCUGUGAGGUUUGAGGAAGCCUGGUUCCAUGUUCUGAGACCAGACUCAGACUAGCCACUGUCAACUCGGUCCCUUUGUUUCUCCCUCCACCUAUACUUUACCCUGAAGCCCUCCACCUACCCUCCUCUAAUUCGCCAUGGUCUCCCCGUGAUGAUGUUUUGCCGGGGUGCCCUGACCUGUGAGGACAGAUGUGCUGUUGCUCAACGCGUGUUGAGACUGCAUGACAUGCGGCUCUGUAAGGUGUGGCCCUUGUGCAGUCGUGCUACACACAGUAGUGAGUGGUCACUCACGGAGUCCCAUCAGUGAUGUCAGAGAAGAUGGAUGAUGAUGAAGACAUCAUUCUGCUCGCGUUACCCUCAUCCUAUUCAAUAUAUACAAUGCAGGUCCUGUGUGUGUGUGUGUGUGUGUGUAUUAGUGGAUAUGAAAUGUGACAAUGUGUCUCCUUGUCUGCCUGUCUCGCAUUAGUGUGCUCUGGUAGGAUGAUCCACUGUACUUUGUAAGGAGAAUGUAAGAGGCCAAUUGACCCAUGGGCUGUUAAGUAGAGUAGUGUCUUUGAGAAUAGGCAGAGGUCCGAUAUCUUUAAACCCCUGGUCUAGAGGGAAUUUGCCAUCUGUACGGAGCAGCGAGGGGAACAGGUUUUAAGGGGUGAGAUUUUCCUUUACCUGUUCAGUCUUCAGAGCAUCUGAAGUAGAGUUGCAAAAUUUCAGCAACUUUCAAUAGAUUUCCUGGUUUUCCAGAAAUCCCUGUUGGAAGAUUCCCAGAAUGGGCAGGAAAUCCAUAAUCCCCCCCAACCAGGACUUCUUGAAAACCAGGGAAUUUAUUGAAAGUUCCUGGAAUUUUUUAACUACUUUGGAUUGGGUAAUAUCAGGCUUAACCCAUUAGGGCAAAAUCCUGAGGUCCGGUAUAGGAACGUUUUAAUGGACAUUUUACGUCUAGUCCUCGGGGGGGGCAAGUGGGGUGUUGCAUUUUUUGCCCCAUCGUUAGCAAACACUGCUGAUUUAAACAUUCUAAACUGAAGAUCAUAAUUAGUUGAUUAUUGGAGUCUGGUGUGUUAGCUGGGAAUAAGGUGUGACAUGAUCGGAGCUUAUUUUAUUGUGAUGUUUAAUUGACUGACUGUGGAGGUCAAUCCUAAUCAUGAAUCGUCUGAGUCGGUGCUGAUCUAGGAUCAGUGUUAACCCUUUGAGAUUAUAGUCAAGCCUACGCCGAGCCGCUUUUUAAAUAUGGGUCCAAGCAUUGACUUGAGACUCUGGGGAAAGUCCUGUUCCUUCGCUGCAUUGGGCGAUACAUUUAAUUGUUAAUUUAUUAUCUGUUAUACAAUGGCUUUGUUUUAAAAAAAAAAAAACGCAA